AUGUGGCAUCCGGUGACGAGAAGUGGAAGUCGUGUACGGACACAGGGGGUGUUGUUGUGUUGUGGAGAUGCAGAACCUGCUGAUGGAAAGCCAAGCGCCCAACUAUUUCUCCACACCCGCUCACCUACCGCCGUCACCUCCUUAGAAAGAAGCAUCUACCAAAAGUACCCACUUGGCCUCGAAACCCGACGCCAACUCUCACCCACCACCACCCAGUAUACGCUAUGCGGGUCCCCAGAAGAUCCUUCGAAGAUCGAACAUCGAGAUUGUGCAGUUGCAAUAACAGAUUUUACGAGGAAGCUGCACAUCGACGGUGUGCAACUGGUGGCCGCUCUAGGCCCAUAUUUAUUGUAUUUACCAGAAUCCCUACCUUCUGGUCGUCGACAUAAUUUUUUGAGAUGUCUAUUGGAGCCGAGGGCUCAAGCAAUAGAUUUUGUCGAUUUGAAGAAGCCACAAGCCGAAAAAGUCGAAUUACUAGACUCUCCAUCCUGGGCUGUUAUCACGGUAGCGUCGACGUGUCGGCAGAAUUUAGGGAUAUGCAGGAGUAAACGGGUAUCAAGUUGGAGAUAUGUUAUCGAAGCUACAUUGCCGUUAGGUGAUGCUGUUUGGAAGAAUUUAUUUGGUCUUCUGGCGCACGAUUUACAUCGAGUUGGUUGUGCAUUACAUACAGCGCUCGACGUCCAGGGUCCAUUGUUAGUUUUUCAUGUACCAAAAAUGGAUGCGGGAGCUACGUUUAAA